AUGAUUGAAAUCGAAGCUGGCGGUCGAAAAGCACAAUGCCAAGCUGGUCUUACUGGUGCUAUUGCCUGGGCAUCUGUUGCACCUUGCCUGGCAGCUGAACCAUUCGGACGAUCAGUAUGUAUCACUCCUCAACUAAUGUAUAAACUCGGUCAAGCGGCUUCUGAAUUUUGUAAUAACCAAAAUCAUGGGAAACAAAAGUGUGUUGGAAAUGAAGGUUUUAUAGCCUGUGUUUACAAUAAGUGGACUGUGCAACAAUUGUGUGGAGUAGGAACACGGUGUCAAAGCCAUCCGGCAUCGAACCGACAUGUUAUUUGUGGCUGCAAAAUCAAAUAUUUUAUCUUCGUGAUUCUAUUCUUUGGAGUAUCGAUGAUUGUGUUUAUCAAUCUUCAAACUUCGAAGGACAUCGUUUGCAACUUCUUUCUCCGAACAAUUUCAAACACAAAUCACAGUCAAUGGAGAAAGAAUAGACUUGUCAUCGUUCCUGCAGUUCACAAUGAGAUCGAUUGGCAUAAACCAACAACUUGGCCGCAAUGGCUUCGCAAUGGCCUUGAUUUAUUUAACAGUAGUCUUUCACGGUCUUAUGAUGUUUAUUUAUAUCAACGUCUCGAUCCAUAUUCGAAAUCACCGUUCAAUUGGCCCUAUUGUAAGAAUGUGCAUGAAGAAGCAGGUGUUUAUCUCAAAUUUAUCUACGACUUUUAUUAUGAUUUACCUGAUAAGAUGUUAUUUGUGCAUGCAAAACCUCAGCAACACUCUCUUUAUCCCAUUGAAGCAGCGCAAUGUAUUCGUAAUGAUGUUUAUUAUGCAAGCGUCAAUAAUAUUUGGUUUGGUAAGCGGCCUUGGAUUGCAGCGAAUCCCGAUCCGAUUGAUAACAUAACGUUAAUGUACAAAUGUGCGAAACGUAUCUUGAGUUUCUUCGGUAUUGAUGGCGAAGCUCAAUUAAAUCCCACAGAUUUGAAACAAAAAGACAUGAGUAUCUAUUCGACGAUGUGUUGUGCACAAUUUUACGUACGGAAAGAGCGCAUUCAUCAUUAUACCUACGGACAAUGGUCGGCAGCAUAUAACGCCAGUCUUGAGCCUUAUUGUACGUCACCACUUGACCGUGAACGUCCUGGCUUACCAGGAGUGAAGUCAUUCGGAAGCAGUUUUGAAUUUCUUUGGCAUAUCAUCCUUGGACUUGAAGCGCCAGAUAUGCCUGAGCCGAGAGCAAAGACAACGUCUGAUCUAUGUCAUCUAUUCCGUUCAUCUUGUUUCGGAACACUAUGCAAUGCGAUGGUUAACGGAAUUCGACGUUCAUCUACAUAA